UCCAUACUACAGUGCGCUCGCAGUCUGUCGCGAAGACAGAGGGUUUGCUUGAACGUUCCAAAAAGUGGAUGUUUAGGAGACUUCUACAGAACGACGUGGAGUCAACGUCCUGCCGCUUCACUGCGCCGACACUUUACUGUAGAUAUGGAAGGAGAUGCAUAACUGUAUAUUAAGACGUAAACCGUAUUAUAAUAAGAUACCAUCUGACUGCUGUGUCCGUGGGAAUUACUUCGUAAUUGGGGGAUCAUCAUAUUCAUUCGGGUUUAUUUUGCUUUGGAAUUCCUGAUCUGUUCUUGCUCUUGAUAUGAUAUCCACGGCAGAUUGUUUUUUUUUUAACCAUGUCUUUUAUAAUUAAUUUGGCAAUCUGCUAAACUUUGGGGAGAGCAUACAAUAUUCUGUCUGUCGAUCACUUUGGAUACUGCGAGCUAUGUUGCCAAGAUGUUACAAGAGAUCAAUGUUUCGUCCUUUUUUCUGGAAACAAUCUUAACGCUCUUAUUGAAAACAAAUGUAAAAGUACAAUGAUACAUUCAUACUGAAACCAAGGGAUUAUACACAGAAGGACGGAGAAUAAUGGCUUCGAAGGAGAGGUUGAAUGAGCUGUGGAUUUUAUAUUACACCAAGAAAAAUGAGGGCUGCCUGCAGCAGUGGCUGGAGGCUUUUGUGGCUUCCUUUGAGAAGCUUGUUGAUGUGCAGUCACUGGAGCCUCACAGGCUGGAGAACUAUAUUGCGGAGGUUCCCCUCGUACCCAGGGACAUACUGGUGUUCCUCAGUGACCAGCUAUCACACAGUACCAUUCACCUCUCUGGGGGCGACAGUAACAACAGCACCCUGCUCCUCUCUGGGGGCGACAGUAACAACAGCACCCUGCACCUCUCUGGGGGCGACAGUAACAACAGCACCCUGCACCUCUCUGGGGGCGACAGUAACAACAGCACCCUGCACCUCUCUGGGGGCGACAGUAACAACAGCACCCUGCACCUCUCUGGGGGCGACAGUAACAACAGCACCCUGCACCUCUCUGGGGGCGACAGUAACAACAGCACCCUGCUCCUCUCUGGGGGCGACAGUAACAACAGCACCCUGCACCUCUCUGGGGGCGACAGUAACAACAGCACCCUGCACCCCUCUGGGGGCGACAGUAACAACAGCACCCUGCACCCCUCUGGGGGCGACAGUAACAACAGCACCCUGCACCUCUCUGGGGGCGACAGUAACAACAGCACCCUGCACCUCUCUGGGGGCGACAGUAACAACAGCACCCUGCACCCCUCUGGGGGCGACAGUAACAACAGCACCCUGCACCUCUCUGGGGGCGACAGUAACAACAGCACCCUGCACCUCUCUGGGGGCGACAGUAACAACAGCACCCUGCACCUCUCUGGGGGCGACAGUAACAACAGCACCCUGCACCUCUCUGGGGGCGCACCCUGCAACAACAGCACCCUGCACCUCUCUGGGGGCGACAGUAACAACAGCACCCUGCACCCCUCUGGGGGCGAAGUGAACAAUUUCUAG